CGCGUUAUAUAUAAAAGUCUUGCGAGAUCAACCCCUUGGCCCAAAGUUCAUUAAUAAUUCUCAGUUUAAAACUUUCAACCCUCUUCAAGAUCUGGUGCACUGUUCAUUUUUUGUUCUGCCGGAGCCAUGGUUGGGCAUCCUAAAGGCUGGAUGCGCGGCUUGCUAAUCGCUUGUGUUGUGUUUGUACAAGCAGUCCUCGCAACCUCAAAGGAUGGAGUCAAUACGAACCCACACAAGGCCACGAUAGGCCGUUUUCAAAUCAGCAUACAUGACGACCGACUGAAUUUGCAAGAGGCUAUCGCAAACCAGAGUUCCCUAUUGGUAGACCUCUAUACGCUCUUCUAUUCUGCGCUCUGGUACUGGGACUCUUACGAUGACCCAACCGUCCCACCCGAAUCGGAACAAACGGGGAACCUGACCCAGUUUGCGCAAUCAAAUCUGACUAGAGACGAGUAUAAUAAAUACAGCGCAGUACUUCUCAAUGCAUCCCGCGAAAAUGCAGAGUGGCUAUCAUCGAAGGGGAUGCCGCAAGCAGACUUCCCUCAUCCCGACUACGUGUCAAGCUAUCUCGAUGCCAUAGCCAACAUGACUACUCAGACCUGGUAUUAUAUUCACGGUGCAUACAUAGGUGUGGGGGCCAACAGUGCAUGCGCGGCGCAGAUCGACGAAGUGUUAUCAAAUAAGGCAGAGUAUGAAAAGAUGGGGUCAUCGGCGGCAACCACUUUGAUGGCACUACUUCCCACAUUCCUCGCCUUCGGAAAUUUGUAUGUCCCUCGCAGUUCAGAGGCGUAUACGACAAGUGCUUUGGUUGGACUAACCACUGCUUUCUACACUCUCGGUCUACCCGUACAAAGUAUGUCUGCCGUCAAGCAGUCCAAUUCUCAUACGCUCGCCGUAUUCGGAAUCGCUGCCCUCGCUAUGAUCGGCGCACUGGGGAAAGCUAGCAAGGACGGUAGUGCAGAGCAGGAAGAGAACCUGCAAGACUUGCAAGACUGGUCAUCGAAUAAGAGCAGUGAUGAUGUCAAGGCUCAUUUCGUUGCCAUCAAAGACUUGGCCGCCAGAUGGGAGAGGCGAUGGCAUCUUUGGCAUGCGCCUGCCCUCCUGGUAGCUGCAGCCCAAAUUAUAAUCUUCGCGCUGGCAGUCUAUCCGCUCUUCCAAUACCUCGGAGUGCCUAAGUUCAUUUUUGGGUGCGAUGACAGCCUUGGAUAUACAGAGUAUGGGAUAUCUCUUUGCCUAUAUUCAUGUCUACUCGGAAAUGCGACGAAUGACUCACUAACCUAUGUUCUAGCUGGACUGGCCUGUAUCUUGGGCUCAGUGCUGGGGUCAACGCGUUGUUCCGCUACCUGUCUUGGGAAGCGAGUGACCACGAGCGUGUAAAAGUCUACGCUCUUUCCACUUCAGCGAAAGAUUGCCUCGCUGAAAUUGUAUCCAACAGUGAAACUGGAGAGACAACAGCUACACACCUUCCGCCGCUUUUACCCCCCUACGUCCUCGCCAUUCGGGACCUGGCAUCUCGGAUCUUCCGCAAGGCUC